UUUAGUACGCAAGAAGGAUUGUGAUCUAGACAGUACGAAGUCAAGAUUUUCACUAUUGUAAACCAAAACAUAAGACAAAUAAAAACACGAAAGAAGUAUGAGAAUUUAACAAAUGAUGGAUAUAUACUAGCUAAAAAAAUAGAAAGAAACAAUUUAAAAAAAUAAAAUAAAAGAGAGAAGCAAAAACGUUGAAAGCUGGGAGGGUGUUUGAGAGGAAAUUAAUCCAAAAAACUAGCCUAAUAUAACGGAUAUAUGUUCAAUUAUCCACAUUUCUAUCUAGCAGAUCCAACUUACUUUAAUUUUCUAACAAUCUAAACAAAAUACUAACACUAAUUGUUUCACCAAUAUCUCUUCCAUUGUCACCAAAUUUUCUUGUUCUAUCAACAAAUUUUGUGUAAACAAACAAACAAAAAAAAAAUGGUACAAAGAAGAGUUUCAGCUACGGCUGGAUUAGUGCAAGGGCGUCAUCGUCAAGAAUUAUUUAUAUGUCAAUUUUCAGAUAUGACAAAUUCCAAAGGAUGUAUAUGGUCUGGUGGUGACCCUUUAUCUUUUAGUUUACCACUUGUAUUGGCACAAUUGAUUUUCAUUUUCUUUGUUACAAGAAUUAUUUUUGGCCUCAUCAGACCUCUUAAACAAAGUAUGGUCAGUGCACAACUUAUUGCUGGUAUUUUCUUGGGGCAAUCAGGCUUAGGUCGUUUCCGCUCGUAUGCAGCCACGAUGUUUCGACCAGGAGGGAAAUUAGUGCUACAAACAGUUGCAGAUAUUGGUUUCUUGUUUCAUGUUUUUGUUCUUGGAAUUCAAAUAGAUCCAACAAUGAUCAGAAGAGUGGGGAGAAACGCGGUGCUAAUUGGUGCUUCCUCGUUUGCUCUGCCUUUUGCAGUUGGAGGAAUAGCCAGUUUGGCAUUACCGGUUUUUUCUGACAUAGAUGACGCGACGGAGCAUUUCCUGCCUUUCAUAGCUGUAAUUAACUCUGCUUCAUUCUUUCCGGUGGUCACUACCCUUCUUAGCGACCUUAAGAUUCUAAAUUCGGAAAUCGGUCGAAUAGCUACAUUGGCCUCGCUGGUCAAUGACGUUUGUAUAUAUGCUGCUUCCAUACUUUUCACAGCAGUAGAUGCAUCAGCAAGUGAUUCCAAGUGGAAUGGAGCAUUAUCCGUUGCAUGGAUUGGCGCAUUCGUAAUAGUAGUCGUGUUUGCUUUAAGGCCAUUGUUGAAACAUGUUGCUAGGAAUAUACCUGUAAGAGGGUCUAUGAAGGAAAGCCAAUUUCUAAUGAUAGCUGCACUAGCUCUGAUCUGUGGAUUUGUCGCGCAGACUAUUGGACAGCCUGCUGCUGUUGGUACUUUUAUUUUGGGCAUAGUGGUGCCAGAGGGACCGCCUUUGGGCUCUUCGUUGGUCUACAAGAUCGAUUAUUUCUGUACUGGAUUGCUGCUUCCUGCUAAGUUUGCUAUCAGUGGUUUGUCAAUGAACAUAUUUUCUCUAGGAAAAGGAAAGAGUCUUUUAGGCGUCGAGGCAGUGAUCCUGUUGGGCUAUUUAGGUAAGUUUACUGGUACUCUUGUUGCAGCAGUUUUCUUUGGGGUUUCCUUCCGAGAUGCAACCUCUCUUGCUCUUAUCAUGUGUUGCAAAGGAAUUGUCGAGGCAUCCUAUUAUAUCGGCUUAAAGGAUUCUGGAAUAAUAUCAAAUGAAGCAUAUGCGCUCUUGCUAAUCACAAUGUUGGUCAUAACAGGAAUUGCGAGACCUUUAAUUUGUUACCUCUAUGAGCCAUCAAGAAGGUACUCAGGCUGCAGAACAAAGAGUAUACAACAUUUGGAUCCGAACGCUGAGCUUCGGGUACAAGUGUGUAUUCACAGCGAAGAUAAUGUCCCGAGCAUAGUCAAUCUUCUUGAAGCCACCAAUGCCUCUAGGAGGAGACCGAUUGCAGUGUUCGUUCUUAAUCUAAUGGAGCUCAAAGGCAGCGCAGCCGCUGUACUGGUGCCAACUCAUAAACGCAAAGUGAAACUCAAGUCCCUGCCUAGCAGAACUGAGCAUAUAUCCAACGCGUUCAACAUUCUCGCGCAGAGAAAUCGAGGUUUUACGGCCGUGCAACACUUCACAUCCAUCGUUCCUUAUGCCACUAUGCAUGAUGACAUAUGUACAAUCGCAGUGGAUAAAGGUGUCAAUAUUGUGAUCCUCCCGUUCCACAAGCAGUGGGCUAUCGCUGGAACAGUAGGAGCCAAUUUCCCGGCUAUUAGGAUGGUGAACCAACAGGUACUCCAUAAAGUGCCUUGCUCAGUUGGGAUCCUAGUUGAUCGGGGUCAAUUAGCUGAUAACACACAAAUCUUGUUUGGCCAUUCCCUUUUUCGUGUUACAAUGCUUUACUUAGGUGGUCCUAAUGAUAAUGAGGCGCUAGCCUAUUGCUGCAGGAUGCUAGGGCAUCCCCACAUCAGCGUGAAUCUUGUCUGGCUCAGACAUUCGAGUGAUGUGAACAUCGAGAAGAAAAUGGAGCCAAGUAUGAUACAUUGGUUCAAGGCUCAUAGCAAGGUUGCAGGGAGGGUGAGUUUCAAAGAACAAGUGGUGCAUGAUGCAGUGGGGACAACUCAGGUUCUUCGUUCACUCGAUGACUGUUGUGAUCUUUGUAUUGUUGGUAGAGACCACGAACAGUCCGAGUUAACACUAGGGAUUAACGAAUGGAUCGAGUGUCCAGAACUAGGAUUUAUCGGAGACAUGUUAGCAACUUCGGAUUAUAGUUUUUCAUUGUUGGUUGUGCAACAAAUACCUCCAGGAACUGAGCUCAUAAACGUUGAGUCACUAAAGCCUGUUGCUGGCAGUUUUUUAUCUGGUUCAGGUAUAUAUAGUCAGCAAUCUGCUACAAGUAAAUAUAGUCAGCAAUCUGCUACAAGUAAAUAUAGUCAGCAUUCUGCCACAGGUAAAUAUAGUCAGCAUUCUGCUUCAGGUAAAUAUAGUCAGCAUUCUGGUUUUGGGUCUUUGGGGUAGCAACUGAAAGUUGUUGUCCUAUUUGAUCAAUGCCAAAAAUGUAGAAAAUAGGUUGAAGGAUAGACAAAAAAGGGCAACGAAGCCCGGGGCACCAAAGCUCCCAUUAUGCGCAGGGUUUACAGAAGGACAGAAAAAUUUGUUAGGAUCGAGAAAGAAUGGUCCUCCUUUGCAUUAUAAAUUUUGACAAAAUUGUAUGUAGAAAUUAGGAAACACAAGGUUCAGUGUAACUGAACUUUGUUGCAGAAGGCUACUUACUUUAAGUUUUUAUGUAUAAUUACUUGCAAUAACUUUCAUGUAACCUGAUAAUCUCUUUUUCUAAAAUUAAACUACUAUUACUAACACAAACAAGUUUGGACCCUUCUUCUAUUCACUCUUUGCAAAAACAAAAUAAUGCCAAGUAUGAAGUAUGGUUUAUUGCGUUAAAACACUAUACUAAAAUUAUGUAUCAAAAAAUUGUUCAAUUUUGUGUUAGUAUCAUAUAAAAUGCUUAUUUUUUUCCCACCUAACCACU